AUAGAAUAAGAAAAUGAUGUUGAAAGAUAUUUGUUACUGUUACCUGUGAAUGAGAUAAGUAACUGAUACAGGUUGUGAGCAUUAGAGCACCAAAACCAGCAUACACCACUGGUACUCCUGGGUCAGUCUGAGCAAACAAGACAAAGAGCAUGAAAAGGGUACUUUUUAUCUUAAGCUACUUGGUGACGAUCAUGGCUUUAACUAUACCAUGGAACUUGACACUAGCAAUGGUAGAUAUCUAUUGCGUUCUUCUCAACCAACCAUUUCAAAAGCCACGACUCCUUCUCGCCAUCUCAAUUGGUGAUUGGGUGGUGUCUGUACUAGCUUUGGCUUCAGCUUCAUCAGCAGCUAGUGUUGUAGAUCUUCUUCGUUCAGACGAAUCAGUUUGCCCUCCAACAGUCUGCAACAGAUACCAGUUUGCAGCAACAUUAGCUUUCUUGACUUGGUUCUUGUCUCUUUCUUCUUCUCUCUUCAACCUCUGGUUACUUCCUUCUCUCUGAUCUAAAAAAAAGAUUAGAUGACAAAGACGACUAAACAAAAUAGAUAGGUAGCUAGAAACAAAAAUGUCAAUAGAAAACUCAAAUCUUUGUAUUGACACUUGAUAUGAAUAUACCAAAAAUGAGAGUGUUAAAGCUUAUGUUCCAAGUUGACUUGGUCAAAAUUGAAAUGGCCACACACAUGUGAAGAGUUAUGUGCAUUUGUAGAAUAAAGAAGCAUUACAUCAUCAAAGUUCACUCACUGUUUCAUUCAUGCACAUAAGGUACCAAAAUGGCAUAACAAGAUAUUAAAAGCACACCAACUGAACUGAGAGUUUACUAAGUCUUAUUCAUAAAACUUUCACUACAUUAUCUAUUAGUACCAUCAAAUGACUCGCAAUCAUCCUGAAAAAUAAACUUAGAUCGAGAAUGAUGUUGAUCGGUACAAAGCUGUCUUCCUUAGUAGCUCAGGAAAUCCAGUAUCAGAGACACACAUCUCCCUUCUCUAUGAUUGCCGACUCCUAACAA